AUUGCAGUGUCUCAAGAAGAUUCGUCGCGUUUGUACAGGUGGUUUCAUCCUCGCCACAGAUUACUGAGCAGAAAUAAAGAAGGAAAUCAGCGUCAUCUUCAAGAUGAGGACUUUCUUCCUGUUCGCGGUGUUGCCUCUGUCCCUUGCGAUCGCUCAACUGCAGCCCCGUCCGGCCAUGAGAAUUAUGCCAUAUCUGAGAGUCGAUCAGCAAACCCAGUUCCCUUCAACGCCGAAAUGGCCUGAAAUGCCGAAAUUGACGGAAAUGCCUGAUAUGCCAAAGUCACCGGAAAUGCCGAAAUUGCCGGAAACGCCGGAAAUGCCGAAAGUGCCAGAAAUGCCAAAAUUGCCGGAAAUGCCUGAUAUGCCAAAAUUGCCGGAAAUGCCUGAAAUGCCAAAAUUGCCGGAAAUGCCUGAAAUGCCAAAAUAUCCGGAAAUGCCUGAAAUGCCAAAAUUGCCGGAAAUGCCUGAAAUGCCAAAAUUGCCGGAAAUGCCUGAAACGCCGAAGUUGGCGCAUCCACUCGAAGUAUGGCCCAGAGUUAGUGAGUUCCCUUCUUUGGGAGACUUUUCAACUGAUGAAUUGCACAAUACUUAUGAGCCGUUACCAUCGCUCCCCAUUCACCCCGACAUCGGCAAAUGCCCCACAACAUGCAAGGGCUGGGAUUCCGAGGAAGGAAUUUGUCGCGCCGAGUGCCGUGCCGGCGAGCGGGAGUACGCAGCACCGAUGCAGACCUGCUUCAAUUGGCACGGCUGGUGCAAGUGCUGCGUUGCCGAACAAGCAUAAGCAUAGUGCUAGUGCUGCGUUGCUGAACAAGCAUAAGCAUAGUGCUAGUGCUGCGUUGCUGAUAUAUGCGAUAGUCAUAGAUUAAUAUCGAUCCAGUUGGGUCAACUGCUCAAUCCAAAAAUACAAGCUGCGUUAUGAGAGUAAAAUAAUUACUUAGGAAAUUCCUGCUGAAAGGAGGAAUGCUGCCUCGGUUGUUGUAAAUAAUUCUUAAGCAUAACAGCACCGUACUGUUGGUGCUGCAAGGCUGAUCACAGACAAGUAUAUUUUUAGUGCUGCAUGGCUGACGACACAAGAGACAAUUAAAUUAAAAUUUAGUCUCGGCUAAUACGAUGCACCGGCACGUUUAAACUUAGAUCACUGGCAAAAAAUUUUGACGGUAUAUAGCACCUUUAAUCAUUCAAACUAUUAUAUUAUUACAGUUUCAAUUAUUAUUCAUGUUUCAGUUAUUAUUUAUAAUAAUUAUUUUCAAUUAUGUCUUUUUUAAUGUCAAACUUUUAUGUUGAAUUGAAUAACACUCUAGAGUUUAUGAAAUGAACAUUUAAUUGCACGGUUUAAUUAAACUUAGAAAACCCUGUAUGAAGGUCAUCAAAAUGCUUGAUCUUGGAAAAAAAAUUAUUGAACCAUCAACAAAUUUAUUCGUUAAUGCAGUGCUCAUCUUAAUUAAUCUUGAAAAAUUCAUGGAAAUGUUCAGUCAGGGCAAUAAUUAUUUGAGCUUUAAUAUUGAGAUUUCAGUCUACUGGAAGUUGCGUUUCCUCACUAAUAAAAAUAAAUUAGUUUAUAUAAGAUUUUACGUUAAGCUUUUUUUCUA